GUUUUCAAGAGAUGAAUACCUCUUUUAAUGUCCUAUAACGUAACGUACAUUGCUACAGUAAUUUUUGCGAUCUUGCGAAGAAAGUAUUUUAAUUUAUUGACAAUUUCUUUUUCGGCUAUAUUGUUAACAAGAUUAGUAAACCACGAUUCAAAGAAAAAUCAAAAUUGCUGUUGGGUUAAUUUGGAUUAAUUAUUUUAACAAUUAUUCUUUUUAUAAAAGAAAUAAUUAUGAUCGACUUAUAAGCGAAUAUUAAUCAGAGAAGAAAAAUUUUUGCUAUCAUUGUAAAACGGCAUGCUGAAACAGAAUGACCGAGUUCGUAGAAGGUUGGUUACUCGGACAUACUUUGGGAGAAGGUGCUUACGGCGAAGUAAAAAUGGUUAUAAAUAAAACUACAGGUGUGGCAGUUGCUAUGAAAAUGAUAGAUUUGAUAAAGCAUCCACUUGCUCAAAAAUCUGUUCAUAAAGAAACUACAAUUCAUCGUAUGCUCUGUAAUCCUCACAUUAUACGGUACUUUGGAAAACGUAGUGAACCCAAUAUGGAAUAUAUAUUUUUAGAAUAUGCAUCAGGUGGAGAACUUUUUGAUAAAAUUGAACCAGAUAUUGGUAUGCCAGUUUGUCAAGCACAGAGAUAUUUCAAACAAUUAAUCUCUGUUGUAGAAUAUCUUCACAGCAAAGGCAUUGCGCAUAGAGAUUUGAAACCAGAAAAUUUGUUAUUAGAUGAACAUAAUAAUUUGAAAGUUUCCGAUUUUGGUAUGGCAACGGUAUAUCGUUUACAUGGUAAAGAACGUUGUUUAGAAAACAAAUGUGGAACAUUACCAUAUGUAGCUCCUGAAGUGUUAUCAGGUUGUUAUCAUGCAGAACCAGCUGAUAUAUGGUCAUGUGGUAUAAUUCUUGUAGCUUUAUUAACUGGAGAACUGCCUUGGGAUCAGUCCUUGGCAGAAUGUCCACAAUAUAAGGCAUGGAGAGAUGGAAAAUACAUGUCUAUUAAACCAUGGCGAAAAUUGGAUAAUUCUUCAUUGUGUUUGAUAAAAAAUAUUCUUAUGCACUCACCAGAAAACAGAUUUACUAUAAAGGACAUUAAACAACAUAGAUGGUUCAUCAAAAAUUUCGAGGAAGUUGGGAGUAUAGAAGGACAUGUUCGAUCUGAUGAAACUGAUUCGAGGAAAGUACUAGAAGAUGAAAAGUUAGCAAGGUUCUGUAUAUCACAACCGGAAUUGCCUGCAAUAGAAAACACUAAUCCAGUACAAAUUAACUUGGAAGAACGACCUGGAUUUUCAUUCUCGCAACCUGCGCAUAUAGAAGAUUUAUUGUUAUGUACACAAGUACAAACUAAACCAUUUACUCAAGCAAGUCAGAAAACUACUUUCCAACGACUAGUACGACGUAUGACAAGAUUUUUUGUUAAAACUGAACUGAAAUCAACUAUGGAACGUUUACUAAAUUGUCUAAAGAACGAAAAUUAUACUUGUCGUAUUAAUAAUGUUGGCACAAUUACUGUAAUAGCAGUCGAUAGAAGAAAAAUGCCUUUAGUUUUUAAAGCAAAUGCUGUUGAAAUAGACGGAAAGACAUUAGUUGAUUUUCGAUUGUCUAAAGGCUGUGGUCAAAAAUAUCACUUUCUUAUUCAGUUGGAGCUGGCACUGCAGGUGCAACUUUAACUGCAAGAUUAAUUGAAGAUGGGUAUAAAAUAUUGUUAGUGGAAGCUGGAGGAGCUGCACCACCUUUUUCAGAUAUUCCAUUGUUAGCUCCUCUUAUUCAAAAUACUCCAUAUGACUGGCAAUACAUUACUGUACCACAACAGAAUGCUUGCAAGGGUUUAAAGAAUAAUCAAAGUAAGUGGCCAAUGGGUAAAAUUUUUGGUGGAACUGGUAGAUUAAAUUAUAUGCUAUAUGUACGAGGGCAUCCUUUAGAUUAUGAUUGGUUUCCAAAUUUGAUUGAACCUAUUAAAAGAAAUGAUGACACAAUGCAUAUAAGUGAUUUGGAAUGGAAUACUGGUCUUGCCGAUAUAAUUUUAAAAGGAUUGGAGGAAUUGAAUCAAAAUAUUGGCAAUAUUAAUGAUAAUUUAAAAAAUGGUUUCAUGAAAGCACAAUUAUUUAUGGAAAAUGGGAAACGGUGGAGCACAGAUAAAUUAUUAUAUAAAUAUUUAAAAAAUAAGUUGACCAUUAUUACUCAUGCUCAUGUUGAGAAAGUGUUAAUGGAAUCAAACAGAGCCAUAGGAGUGCAGUUUAUUGCAUUAAAUAAAACAUUUAAAGCAGUUGCAAAAAGAGAUGUCAUUCUCUGUGCUGGUGCAAUUGGUACACCAAAAAUAUUAAUGUUGUCUGGUAUUGGACCAAAAACACACUUGGAAGAUUUAAAAAUAAAUGUUAUUAAAGAUUUACCAGUUGGUCAACAUUUAGUAGAUCAUGUACUUACUGGAAUUGAUCUAAUUAUGCUUAAUACAAGUAUAGGUUUCAGUAUGACUAGUACUUUGAAUCCUAUGUCAGUAUUAAAUUAUUUUCUUUUCGGAAAAGGACCUUGGACAUUCACAGGAGUUGAAGUUUUGGGAACAUUUCAUAGCUCUAUACAGAAAAAUAGAUCAAAUACACCAGAUUUACAAAUAAUGGUCAUGCCACUUGGGUUAUCAAGGGACAAUGGUGUUGUUUUAAAAGAAGCUAUGGGAAUUUCUGAUAAGGUGUAUAACGAAUACUUUGCUCCUAAUUCAUAUAAAAACACAAUAACUAUUGCUCCAGUGUUAUUACAUCCAAAAAGCGAAGGAGAAAUUAAAUUAAGAAGUAAUAAUUCUUUUGAGUCACCUUUAAUUGAUCCAAAAUAUUUUUCAAAUAAGGACGAUAUUGCAACUCUUAUAGAUGGACUGCAAUUUAUAAAGAAACUUAUUGAGACAAAUGCUAUGAAAAGUAUUGGUGCAUUUAUUUAUAAAAAGCAUUUUCCUGGUUGUGAAAAUGAAACAUUUGAUAGCAUAAAAUAUUGGGAAUGUUACAUACAACAUUUAACGUUAACUUCAUACCAUCCUGCUGGUACAUGUCGAAUGGGUGAUGUUGUUGAUCAAAUGUUUAAGGUUUAUGGUACAAAAAAUUUAUAUAUAGUUGAUGCAUCUGUACUUUCAUUUUUACCAAGUGGUAAUAUCAAUGCUGCAAUUAUAAUGAUUGCUGAAAAAGCAGCACAUAUAAUUAAACAAAAUGCAAAAGUUCAUUUAAAUUAUACCAGAUGUUCUAAAUCAUAUAACUAUUAUUAUAUGUCUAAUCAUUAAUAUGUAAUAAUAUUAAUUAAUAAUGUAUAAAAGAAAUAAUUUACUCAAUGUUAAUUUUAAUUUUAAAAGGAAAUGAAAUAGAAUUAUAUUAUGCAUCGUUUUAUAACUUUAAAUAUUGAUAAAUUUAGAAAAUCAGAUUCAAGAUAAUUAAAAAUUCUUUUAUUUUUUAUCUAUGUUUAUAUCUAGAGUGGUAAUUUCUAG